AGGUUAAUUCACAUAACCUGCUUCGUUAGUUUUCCUAACCUGUACGUUAAUUAUCCUAAUCCGCUACUUUAGUUCUAUUAACCUGCUACAUUAAUUCGCCGAAACUGCGAUGUACAUUUUCCUAACACGCUACGAUAAUUAUCCUAACCUGCUGUGUAGGCUAAACAAACCAUCUGUGCCGACAUAUUAGCAUAACAUUGGCUGCCUCCUGGGUUUGAGCCAGGUGCUCCUUUCAAAACGCCAGCUAAAUGGGUCCCAAACAAAAGUGACAUUGUUAAGCACGUGGAGUAAUGAGUAGGAUUCAGUUUUCACAUGCAAAAGUGAUUGCUCUCGAUAAAAACGUUUCCUCUGCCUUACCAAUGAAAACUCUUUGAAAAUUCAAACAUAUUGUAAGGAAAGGAGAUGUAUGCAUCAUGAUGUAGACAACAUGACCGAUCGCAGCAAUUACUGUUCGAUUUGAGAUUGUGCUCCUCCCUCGCCGCUUUUUCCCGUUCUCGACCGGUGCCCCGUGGUUCAGCAUAAUCGAAUGCGCCCAUUGGUGUAUCUGCAGUGAAUAUGGCGGAUGCGGAAGGGGAGUCGCUGGAGUCUUGGCUCAACAAGGCCACCAACCCAUCCAACAGGCAGGAAGACUGGGAGUAUAUUAUAGGAUUCUGUGACCAAAUCAAUAAGGAAUUGGAAGGCCCACAGAUUGCUGUGAGAUUGUUAGCCCAUAAAAUCCAGUCCCCACAAGAAUGGGAGGCGAUACAGGCUUUGAUGGUUUUAGAGGCUUGCAUGAAGAACUGCGGGAAAAGGUUUCACAACGAAGUUGGGAAAUUUAGGUUUCUAAAUGAACUCAUCAAAGUGGUGUCACCUAAAUAUCUCGGUGACAGAGUGUCAGAGGUGGUGAAGAAGAGAGUGGUAGAUAUGCUCUUCAGCUGGACGCUCUCUCUGCCCGAUGAGGCUAAGAUCAGUGAAGCUUAUCAAAUGCUGAAGAAACAAGGUAUUGUCACAGUUGACCCCGAGGUUCCUCUGGAUAAGACACUGAUGCUGUCGCCCCCCUCCUGGCCCAAGAAUCCUGUGUUUGAGAACGAGGAGAAGAGCAAGCGACUGGCUGAGCUUCUGAAGAGCAAAAAGCCUGAGGAUCUACAGGAGGCCAACCGCCUCAUCAAAAACAUGGUCAAAGAGGAUGAGGUGAGGCUGCAGAGAGCAUCGAAGCGCAGCGGCACUCUGGAGGAGGUCAACAACAGUGUUAAACUGCUCAACGAGAUGCUCAGCCACUUCAGCAGGGACCAAUCAACAGAUGGCGACAAGGAGCUUAUCAAAGAGCUUUACGGUGACUGUGACAAGUUGAGGGGGACUGUGUUCAAGCUGGCCACAGAGACAGAGGACAAUGAUAGCAGCUUAGGUGACAUAUUGCAGGCCAGCGAUGACCUGUCCCGCGUCAUCAACACCUAUAAGAGGAUUGUGGAGGGACAGAAUGUCAAUGGAGAGAUGGAGACACUUGGACCAUCAACUACAACACAAUGUACCAAAGACAGCAACCAGUCUGAGAUCCUGAUAGACCUGGCUGGUCUGGACCUCCAGAGCCCCUCCCCACCUGAGCAUCCUCCUCUAGCCCAGCACCCAGACCUCAUCCCAGCUGACCUACUGUACGGGUCUGCACCCCUCCAGGAUCUUCAGGCCUGCCCUGUCAUGGAGGACUCUUGCCCCAGCAAACCCUCUGCUGCACUGUCUCUACUGGACGAAGAGCUCCUCUCUCUAGGACUUAAUGACCCAGUUCCUGCAAAAGAUGACUUGAAUAAUCUGUGGACGACAUUUUUGCAGGCUCCCAACCCAGUUUUGGACCUGUUUGGCAGCGCCCUCCCAGCUACUGUAUUCUCUGCAGCUUCUACGACAGCCGCCAGUUUGGACCAGUUAGGAACUUCUACAACAGAGCCUGUUUCUAAGACAGCCGCCCCUGUCAGUUACCCACAAUCCUCAGUGGCGGCCUCCUUACCCUACCCAAGUGCUGCUGCCCUGGCAGUCUCCGCCUCCCUGAACCACAGUCUGCAGGACCUGGCCAUGUUGGAUCUGGGCAGCCCCAAGAGCAUGUCUGGUGUGAUCAACACCGGCGACCUGUUUGGUAUGGGUGAGGCUAUGGGUGCCACUGCCUCCCCGAGAAUUGGGAUCCCCGCCUCCAGAUCCAGCCCUCUUCCUCUGGGUAUCCUACCGGCUGCUGCUGCUGCAGCCCCUACCUUGUCCCCUAAGACCCAGGCUGAUGACAGCCCCCUUCUCCGCUCCCUGUCCCCCAUCCUGAUUCUCCCGCUGGGGCAGGCCAGCCCAGCUAAGUUCCCUGAGAUCUCCCUAAGUAAUGUCCACGUGCCCCUGGAAGUCAUCAAGCCAAGCAAGCUGUGUCCUGUGACGGCCUAUGAUAAAGACGGGGUCCGCGUUCUCUUGCACUUUGCCACCGACUGUCCGCCGGGCCGGCCGGACGUGCUGGUGAUGGUGGUGUCCAUGCUGAACACUGCACCUCUUCCCGUCAGGAACAUAGUUCUACAGGCUGCUGUACCCAAAUCGAUGAAGGUGAGACUACAACCGCCCUCGGGAACUGACCUGGCGCCCUUUAACCCCAUCUUUCCCCCCACCGCCAUCACUCAAGUCAUGCUUCUGGCCAACCCACUGAUGGAGAAGGUCCGGAUGAGAUACAAGCUGACGUUCACACUGGGAGAGCAGCAGUGCACAGAGACUGGGGAGGUGGACCAGUUCCCCCCAGCGGAGAUAUGGGGGGCUCUAUAGCCCCCCUAACCGCAAAAUGAUGCCAAGGACAAUACAGUAACACAUGGUGGGGACAGCUUGAGCUUGAGUCAGUUGACACUACAAAGACUAUUUGGGGGAGAAUCAAUGUAUUUGUGAAUGUUUCAUAUACUAGUAAGUUAUUAAGCGCUAUUAUCAUUGUGCCAUUUGUUACAUUGUUCUUCUGUUAGGUGUCAUUUUAAAACACAUUUGACUUCAAGCCCAAUCUUCUCUGAAUGGAAUUGUUACAGAAUUGCUGCACUUUAGAAAUACCGUACAGACUUACAAUGUUUGGUUUUAGAGCAGUCAUAUACACUUGGAAAUGUAACUUUCAACGGUCAAUAAGAGCCAGCCUAGCAAGUGAUAAGAGUGGAAGUUAUCACAUGAUAUAUAUCGGGCAGUUACACAAGACUGUUACAAUGAACUACCAGUAAUUGGACAGGGACAAUCUCCCGAUUUGUCACAGUUAAUGGGAAAGAAGCCCUAGACUAGUAGCAUACAUGUAUCUCUUUUCCACCUGCCCCCUUUCACUUUAUUCCAAUACAAUACCUCGGUAGAAAAUGAUGGUGCAGAUAAAUGACAGUACAGAUAGCUAAAUGCUGAACACUUGCAUACUGUUGUUGAGAAGAACUUUGAAUAUAUUCAAUUGAAUUAUUUGUAUUUUUGGGAGCAGAGCGCUAUUUAUCUGGUCAGGUGGGAUUUUUCUAUUUCUACCUAUAUAUUUCUAUUAGUGGUAUUUUGACAUGUUUCAGUUAUGGGAGGUGGUGGCCUGCCAAGGUGUGUGACUGUGAAUCCUUAAGUAUUUAUUUUUAGGUGCUUGUCAUGAAAUUAUUGGUUUCCAGAGAUGUUGUUAGCGAAGCAAGCUCUGUCUACUGUUUUGAGAUCAGUUUACUGCUGAAUUCGUCCUUGCAUACUGAACUCUACCCUGCAUACUUGACUUUGAAUGGCUUGGUAGCAAUUUAAUAUUAGUUUGUAGAAACCUGGGGCUUAUCCAGGAGGGUGAAAUACCACAGCACUUUCAGAUAGACCUGUAUUGAGUAGAACGAAGGAGUUUGAAUAGGUAAGUUUGUCAGACAUUACAUUUCUAUCUGCGACGUUGUAAACUUGUAUCCCCAUUCAAACAGCGCAUGGGUGAAGGUGCUUUGCCUGCAGUGGUACAAUAUGACAUGAAUCAGUCACUCAAAAUAGGGUUUAUGGGUGUCCCUUGCAAUGUACUAGUAUGUAACAAGAGUGUCUGACUAUCUAUGUCUGUAUUCAGUCUGUCUGCGUUCUGAAGCCAUUUUCUGUUAUCAGUACCAAUGUUACAAUGGGAGGACUCUUCCAAACUUCAAUAUAAAUUGUUGCUGUAUUUAUCGUCCAUUUCAGAGACUGGCAAAUUAAUUAAUGUGCAUUAAUGUGUGGUUCUUUAAUGAGAUUGAACAGAAGUAUGUACUGUAAAUGUAUUUUCAAACAGCUGUUUCACCGCAUGAAAAAUUAAAGUCUUAAUUUUAAUGAA